CUGAGGGACUUUCACCUAAGGAGAUAGCAUGGCCUGUCGGUCCUCCCACAUCAGCUGGAAGAAUGGAACCAAGAAUUUCAGUUCUUGCUCAGCUGUGGUUCCUAGACUUGGAGCUCGAGCAAGUGGCAAUACCCUCUCCUACCGAGGGGGAAGCCCUGGAGGUCUGGGAUCCAGGAAACUUGGGGGCUUUAGCAGCUGGAGUCUUGGUGUUGUUGGGCCCCCUCAAAUUUCUGUAGGCUGUGGACGCCCUCUGCGUAGUGGGGGCAGUUUUGGCUACCGAGUUGGGGGCCUGUGUGGGCCCAGCCCCCCCUGUAUUACAACUGUUACCAUCAAUGAAAGCCUUCUGACCCCACUCAACUUGGACAUCGACCCCAAUGCUCAAUGUGUGAAGCAUGAGGAGAAAGAGCAGAUCAAGUGCCUUAACAACAAAUUUGCUGCCUUCAUUGAUAAGGUCCGUUUCUUGGAGCAGCAGAACAAGCUGCUGGAGACCAAAUGGAACUUCUACCAGAACCAGAGAUGCUGCCAAAGCAACAUGGAGCCCCUGUUCAAUGGCUACAUAGAGACCCUGAAGCGGGAGCUGGAAAUCGUUGAGACUGAUAGUGGACGUCUGUCCUCUGAGCUCAACCACAUGCAAGAGGUGUUGGAGGGCUACAGGAAGAAGUAUGAAGAGGAGGUAGCCCUCAGAGCUACAGCUGAAAAUGAGUUUGUGGUCCUGAAGAAGGAUGUAGAUGGCGCUUACCUUCGGAGGGCAGACCUGGAAGCAAAUACUGAGGCCCUGAUGGAGGAGAUUAACUUCCUUCAAGCUCUGUAUGAGGAGGAGAUUCGGAUACUCCAGUCACAGAUCUCAGACACUUCUGUGGUGGUGAAGAUGGACAAUAGCCGGGAGCUCAACAUGGACUCUGUUGUUGCUGAGAUUAAGGCUCAGUAUGACGACAUUGCCAGCCGCAGCAGAGCUGAGGCUGAAUCUUGGUACCGAAGCAAGUGUGAGGAGAUGAAGGCCACUGUGAGUCGGCAGGGAGAGAAUCUCCGGAGAACCAAGGAGGAGAUCAACGAGCUGAACCGCAUGAUCCAGAGGCUGACGGCAGAGCUGCAGAAUGCCAAACAGCAGCGCUGCAAGCUGGAGGCUGCGGUGUCAGAAUCGGAACAGCAGGGUGAGGCAGCUCUGAAUGAUGCUAAAUGCAAGCUGACAGAGCUGGAGGAAGCUCUGCAGAAAGCCAAACAGGACAUGGCCUGCCAGCUGCGGGAGUACCAGGAGCUGAUGAAUGUCAAACUGGGACUGGAUGUGGAAAUUGCCACCUACAGGAAGCUGCUGGAAGGAGAAGAGAACAGGUUGUGCGAGGGUGUUGGCUCAGUCAACAUAUGUGUGAGCCGUUCCCAGGGUGGUGUGGUCUGUGGAGAUCUCUGCCCCACUGUCUCUCGAGGGACAGGGUCUGUGGGUGUCAGCACCAGUGCUGCUGGGAUCUGCUCCCCAUCAGGGGGAGUUGCCUGUUCCAGUGCAAGGUCUGUCAGGUUUGCAUAGAAAGGAACCUGACUUGGACAAAAAGGGGCUUGAAGAAAAGUGUUUUUUGAUUCUUUCAGAUCAGAGCAUCAUAAAGCACCCCAAUGAAGGGUUCUCAGUUAUCUUUCCAAUGAUAAGUCCAGUGGAAAGAGUUUUGGUUUUGGAAUCAGAGGGUCUGUUUUCAAACUCCUCCUGCGAUGCUUCCUAUUGGCAAGAUCUUGGACAAAUCACUUAUACCUAGCAUUUAAAUCACUUCACCUACUUGAAUAUAUCAAUUUUCUCAUCUGUAAAAGGAGGGGGUGGGACUCAAUGUUCUUCAAGGAAACUUCAUAGAUCUGUAACCUUUUUACCUCUCUGUCAUUUUAUUUACUUUUGUUUAUUUGAUGUUUAGUUGAAGUUAUCAUCACCUUGGUUGACUCCCACAGGUAGGAACUUGGAAAGGAAGAUCUUGGACAGAAUACCACCUCUAAAUUUUCUUUCCUAGGCAUCUGGAGGUUGUGAAUCUUGUAAAAUGAUGCCUUCAAGCUAAACAUUCUGGUUCAUCAGCCAAGCCAUUCAGACUUAAGGAGUUAACUGUUCUUGGGCAGAGGGAUACAAUUCAUUGCCUUUAACUAAUUGACAGGUACUAGUGAGGAUGAAUAAUGAAUGUCUAAGAAUGAUCCUAUAGGAUUAGGGAAGAUACAUUCCAACCUCUUCUAUGAAAAGUGCAUAUGUAAAGAGAGUGGGGCACAGUUCUCUGGAGAUCAAAUUUAUUAAGCAGUUAGUUAACUAACUGCUUGGUAGAAUAGGCCCUGCUUGGAAUUUUUGCUUAGAGAACCCAGAAUUUAAGUUUCUGUCUCUAUUUAAACUCUAAGUUUUAAAGGAUUGUUAGAUGUUUGCCUGAUAUGGCUCUUCUCUGCCUCUUCUUCCUUUACCCUUCCCCUAACUUUUGCAAAGUCUCACUCCUAAAUCCAAUCUCUAAUGACAUCACCAGUUCUUGAGGUGUUCCCCCCCCCCCCAGUUCUGCCCCUUUGGCCUAAAGUGAUUGGAAUAGCCCUUUGGGCAGGAAAAGUGACGCCAGGUCUAGUGUUCAUCCCACUAUAUCAGGUUGAAGAUAUAUCUUCUGGUCAUUGCUUCUCUAUUUACUUGUACUUAGAGGCCUUUGUGUUCCUCUCACAGAUCAAUUGAAAUAUAGGAUUUUAAAAAUGAUUUACCCUUUUACUCUUCCCCAAGGAGAAUGUAUCUCCACUAAGUAUACUGGGAACAAUAUUUUCUUUUUAUUCAUAGAAAAAAAGUGGCAGUGGGUAGGUUGUCUGUAAUAACAGCAGCUGUUCACAUGGCCUCAUUUUCCUGCUUUUGGUAACCCACAAAUAGGCUAUCACAUAAUCAUUAAAUUAAUUGUAUGUAGUACAUAAUUUUAGCAUAUAGUAGCCUAUGGUAUAUGAUAUAGUAGCAAGCAGAUGUAGUACAUAAUUUUGCAGCCAUGUGAUUCUACCUCGAGUCCAGUCAAAUAGUUUGAUCAAUACUUAACCAAAUGUCCAUGUUCAGGCUUUCUCAAAGGCUGUAGUAGCUUCAUGAUCCAGCAGAGGGCUUCAAGCUAAUUAUUGUCCCUCUCACCUAAUUGAGCUUCCAGCAAUUAUAGGAUGGCAAAGGCCCUGGGUUCAUCUUUUAAAUAAAGAUGCCCCAAUAUUACUACAAUAGCAAAAAAAAAUAUUCACCUUUGUUCUUAAGUUUCCACCCCACAUUUGUGUAAUUUCUCUGAAGACAAGUCUAGCCUUUUUACUUUAUAGAUUAGGUCAUUGAAUCCCCAAGUGAUGAAGUGCUUUGCCCCAAGAGACUCAGUUAAUUAGUAGCUGAGCUGGAAUUCUAGGGCAUAUUGUUUCCAUUUCUGGGCUCUUUCCACAGCACGGUUUUAGCAAUCAUUAUCUAGUCUAGGCCCCUCAUUUUAGAAAUGUGGAAAAUAAUGCUCAAAGAUGGGAAAUGACUUGCCUCAUUUCACAGUUGUUUCUCACAGCUUGGUGAUGAUAGUGGGAGGGAAACUGGUAAUUACUAGCUGAUCACAUCAAUGAAUCCUAAGUCUCUGUUUUUAGGAUUUUUUUUCCUUAUUAAUUAUCUCUAAUUAUCUAAAGCCACCUCUUUCCCCCCACCAUUUUCAUUGCCUAACUACUUGCUUUCCUGAAUCAUUGCCCCAGAACGUGGCACCCGAAGCCAAAGGCUCAAGGAGACUUCCAAAAUAAGUUGUACUCAAAGUGGUCUUUAAUUAUUGGUCUCAUUCUGAAUUUGCAGUGUUCAAAGAGACUAGGAAGGAACUAAAACAGUUUAAAGUCCACUGUGUUCUGGGAUUUAAAAACAUGAGAAAUAUCAUGAUUCAUUUCUUCCUCCAGACCAUAAAUCAAGCUUGAUAUUUAAAGAAAAUUGAGGAAGGCAAUUCUUUCAGCCUCUGUGUAGGUUGUCUUUAGCUCAGUUGGUCAUGCUUGCUUAAUAUUGGAGCUUCAAAGUAAAAAAAAAAAAAAACCUUAAUCAUAAGUAGAGAUAUGCUCAUCUUGUAAAUAGGGGUUUAUUCAAAUGAAGUCUGUUUCUAUUUUGUACACCUGUG